GUCGAAGAAGGCAUUGAAAUGCUUCGCACUCUUCUCCCAGACACGAUGAUUAUAGCUGCUUUGGAUAUUAUCGAUCGCGAAGGUGUCGUAAAGUACAAGACCUCUUGGGGCCGGCACCACUACGAAGUUAUGGGCACCACUUCAACAUAUACCGUCUUUCCGCACCUCGAUGUUGCAUCUACAGCCGUGUCUAGUUACUGUACCUGCCCAUCAUUCGCAUUCGCAGUGUUAAUAUCCGAGAACCAUCUUAUGGUGCGAACUUACAUCUCAAUGGUAAUAGCUGAAUGA